AUGGUGCAUCCACGGAAAGAGCGUGAAGCUCCACUGCCACCUGUGCCGUCAGCACCAAUCGUCUCACAGAACAACGCCCCCAUGACCCCUGAAACCGUGGCGCCUCAAGCAAGCGCUACCACUACUACCUCCACCUUCGUCACCACCACGCCCUUGCAGCAACCGCCUCUUGGACCACGCCCACCCACCGGCCCCAAGAAGAAUAAUAUGCGCAAUCGUGGACGUCCAGUAGACUGGAAACGAAACUCUGGCAUGGUGGAUAUCAGUCCGGAGAAACCGGAACAUCAAAAACGCCCUUCAACAUCAAAACCAGACGGCAACAGCAGACACACCACCAACAAGGUCCAUAGAACAACUCAAAAGAGCGCCAGGCAACGUCUGAAAACAAAACCUUCAGACGCACAGACAGUCCAGCAGUCUCGUGCGAUGAAGUCUCACCCUCCUGCACAGCCCAAACAUGAUCGUCUUCUCUUCAAGCGUCCUCAAAUCAGCAACACCGAAAUGAUCUAUCCCACCAUCGAUCACGGUAAGAUCAUGGACCAACAGGAUGACCAAUCUGUCGAGGAGGAGACCUACGACUACAUGCAUGGCGAAGAGAUCUUCAUCUUCGACAUGGAUCUUGGUGAGGAUGACGACGCCAUGAAUGAUGGCAAGAAGCCUGCCAAAGCCACUUGCGAGGCUUCCCGCGCACCAAGCAGUGAGCAGAACAACGCCCCCAUGACCCCUGAAACCGUGGCGCCUCAAGCAAGCGCUACCACUACUGCCUCCACCUUCGUCACCACCACGCCCUUGCAGCAACCGCCUCUUGGACCACGCCCACCCACCGGCCCCAAGAAGAAUAAUAUACGCAAUCGUGGACGUCCAGUAGACUGGAAACGAAACUCUGGCAUGGUGGAUAUCAGUCCGGAGAAACCGGAACUGAUUUCCUUUGAUGUGCCUCCAGUUCUGGCACCACGCCCUCCAGUUCAGGCACCACGCCCUCCGGUACUGGCAUCACGCCCUCCAACAUCAAAACCAGACGGCAACCGCAAACACGCCAAUCUGGCACCACGCAAUCCAACAUCAAAACCAGACGGCAACCGCAGACACGCCAAUCUGGCACCACGCCCUCCAACAUCAAAACCAGAUGGCAACCGCAAACACGCCAAUCUGGCAGCACGCCCUCCAACAUCAAAACCAGACGGCAACCGCAGACACGCCAAUCUGGCACCACGCCCUCCAACAUCAAAACCAGACGGCAACCGCAAACACGCCAAUCUGGCACCACGCCAUCCAACAUCAAAACCAGACGGCAACCGCAGAAACGCCAAUCCGGCACCUCGCCCUCCAACAUCAAAACCAGACGGCAACAGCAAACACACCACCAACAAGUUCCAUAGAACAACUCAAAAGAGCGCCAGGCAACGUCAGAAAACAAAACCUUCAGACGCACAGACAGUCCAGCAGUCUCGUGCGAUGAAGUCUCACCCUCCUGCACAGCCCAAACAUGAUCGUCUUCUCUUCAAGCGUCCUCAAAUCAGCAACACCGAAAUGAUCUAUCCCACCACCGAUCACGGUACGAUCAUGGGCCGUCAGGAUGACCAAUCUGUCCAGGAGGAGACCUACGACUACAUGCAUGGCGAAGAGAUCUUCAUCUUCGACAUGGACCUUGGUGAGGAUGACGACGCCAUGAAUGACGGCAAGAAGCCUGCACAAGUCACCGUCGAUGCUUCCCGCGCACCAAGCAAUGAGAAGCCUACAAAGGUCACCUUCUAG